AUGACCACUCCACUGGAAGAUGCAAUGGACACCUUGAUCAGGAUUUUCUAUCACUACUCUGGCAAAGAAGGAGACAGAUACAAGCUCAGUAAAGGAGAACUCAAGGAGCUUCUCACCAGUGAGCUCACUGACUUCCUUUCAGGCCAAAAGGACCCCCUCCUGGUCGAUAAAAUUAUGAAUGACCUGGACUCCAAUAAGGACAAUGAAGUGGAUUUUAAUGAAUUUGUCAUUCUGGUUGCUGCUUUGACUGUGGCGUGUAAUGAUUUCUUUGAAGAACAGCUAAAGAAAGAGGAAUUUUAA